AUGACGGCCCCGGGUGAGAGCCCCCUGGCGCCGCUGUUGGAGACUUUGGAAGACCCUUCCGCCCCCCAUGGAGAGCAAACCGACGCUUACCUGACUCUGACCAGUCGAAUGACUGGAGAAGAUGGAAAAGAAGUCAUUAUGGAAAUUGAGAAAAAACUUCCUCAGCUAUUCAGAGUUUUAAAAAUUCACAUUUCCAGUCAGAAUUCAGACCUCAGUAGUGCUGCUCUACAGGCCUUGGGGUUUUGCUUAUAUAAUCCCAAAAUUACCUCAGGAUUAUCAGAGACAGAUAUUCAAGAACUGCUUUUAAAAUUGAAUGAUAGUGUUAAAAGCCCAGACAAAAAUAUACGUACUAGGGCACUUUGGGUGAUAUCCAAGCAGACGUUUCCUGCUGAAGUCAUUGGCAGAGUAGUAUCCAGUAUAAUUGAUUCAUUAGAAAUAGUAUUUAAUAGAGGAGAGGUGCAUUCUGCUGUUGUUGAUUAUGAAGCAUUAAAUGUCAUCAUAAGGCUAAUUGAACAAGCGCCAGUUCAAAUGGGAGAAGAGUCAAUUAGGUGGGCAAAACUGGUCAUACCUUUAGUGGUUCAUUCAGCUCAAAAGGUACAUUUGCGGGGAGCAACUGCUCUAGAGAUGGGAAUGCCAUUGUUGCUUCAGAAACAACAAGAAAUAGCAUCUAUCACAGAGCAGCUUAUGACUACUAAAUUACUUUCAGAACUCCAAAAGCUAUUUAUGAGUAAGAAUGAGACUUAUGUGUUAAAAUUGUGGCCUUUGUUUGUCAAACUUCUUGGGAAGACCUUGCAUCGAAGUGGGAGUUUCAUUAAUUCUCUAUUACAGCUGGAAGAACUAGGAUUUCGCAGUGGAGCACCCAUGAUUAAAAAAAUAGCUUUUAUUGCUUGGAAGAGUUUAAUAGAUAAUUUUGCUUUGAAUCCAGAAAUACUGUGCAGUGCAAAAAGGCUGAAGUUGUUAAUGCAGCCUUUGAGUUCCAUCCAUGUGAGAACAGAAACUUUAGCACUAACAAAGCUAGAAGUCUGGUGGUAUCUACUGCUGAGACUUGGACCUCAUCUUCCUGCUAACUUUGAACAGGUGUGUGUGCCUCUGAUUCAAAGUACAAUAAGCAUCGAUUCUAAUGCUUCACCUCAAGGCAGUUCGUCUCGCGUAACUGCUUCUCCGGGUUUAAGUCCUAUGACUCCUAUACACAAAGGUGCUUCCCCAUAUGGAACUCCUGUAACUCCCCGGAUGAACUUAAGUUCAAAUUUUGGUGGAAUGGCCACAAUCCCCUCUAUUCAACUUUUGGGACUUGAAAUGCUGCUUCAUUUUCUGUUGGGUCCGGAAGUCUUGAGUUUUGCUAAGCAAAACAAACUUGUACUGAGCUUAGAGCCACUCGAAUAUGCGUUAAUCAGCAGCUCUUCUUUUUUUUCCAAACAUGCAAAUACACUUAUCACUGCUGUUCAUGAUAGCUUUGUUGCGGUUGGAAAAGAUGCUUCUGAUGCAGUUGUCAAUGCUAUUUGGAAGGAGCUAAUUAGCUUGAUGAAGUCAGUUAUUGAAUCAGGUAACAGAAAAGAGAGACCAGGUUCUGAAGUUUUGACCCUGUUACUAAAAUCUUUAGAAAGCAUAGUGAAGUCAGAAGUAUUUCCUGUGUCAAAAACGCUGGUCCUCAUGGAAGUUACAAUUAAAGGACUGCCCCAGAAAGUAUUAGGUUCACCAGCAUAUCAGGUUGCUAAUAUGGAUAUUCUUAAUGGAACUCCUGCUUUGUUCUUAAUUCAGUUAAUUUUCAACAAUAAUCUCUUGGAAUAUGGUGUAGAUGAUGAGAGGUUUUUUCUCAAUCUGGAAACACUUGUUGGCUGUGUCCUUUCCGGUCCAACUUCACCACUAGCUUUCAGUGACUCUGUUUUAAAUGUUAUUAAUCAAAACGCAAAGCUGUUGGAAAACAAGGAGCAUCUCUGGAGAAUGUGGGGUAUUAUAGUUACCCCAUUAACGGAAUUGAUCAAUCAGACCAAUGAAGUCAAUCAAGGUGAUGCCUUAGAACAUAAUUUUAGUGCCAUAUAUGGUGCAUUGAUUUUACCAAUAAACCAUAUUUUUUCAGUACAGAAAUUUCCAGUGGCCACCAUGAAGACCUUACUUAGAACUUGGUCAGAAUUAUAUAGAGCAUUUGCCCGCUGUGCUGCUUUGGUGGCAACUGCAGAAGAGAAUUUGUGCUGUGAGGAACUUGCUUCCAAGAUAAUGUCCAGUUUAGAAGAUUCAGGCUUUUCAAAUUUGUUGUUCUUGGAUAGGAUCAUUCAUAUAAUUACUGUAAUGGUGGAUUGCAUUGACUUCUCACCAUAUAAUAUUAAGUAUCAGCCCAAAGUUAAAUCACCACAGAGACCUUCAGAUUGGUCCAAAAAGAAGAAAGAACCUCUAGGGAAAUUGGCUUCUUUAUUUAAACUUACUGUGAGAGUGAUCUAUUCUUUCCACACUCUGAGCUUCAAGGAAGUACAUUCUGAUACUCUCCUCACUGUUGGCAACUCAAUCACCAGUAUUCUUUCUAAUGUACUUGGACGUAUUUCUUUGCCUUCUAUGAUCCGAAAAAUAUUUGCAACUUUAACAAGACCUCUGGCAUUAUUUUAUGAAAACUUAAAGCUUGAUGAAGUUCCUAAAGUGUAUAGUUGUAUGAGCAACAAGUUAGAAAAGCUACUGGGAGAGAUAAUUACUUGUCUACACUUCAGCUACACUGGAACUUAUGACAGCGAACUUCUUGAACACAUCUCUCCAUUAUUAUGCAUAAUAUUUUUGCACAGGAAUAAACAGAUUAGAAAACAAAGUGCUCAGUUCUGGAACGCCACAUUUGCUAAAGUGUCCACGUUGACUUAUCCUGAAGAGUUAAAACCAGUACUAAGACAAGCCAAACAGAAAUUUCUUUUGCUUUUACCUGGUUUGGAAAAUGUUGAAAUUAUGGAGGAAUCCAGUGGACCAUAUUCAAAUGCAACAGAAAAUUCACAGUUAAAUAUGAAGAUAAGUGGCAUGGAAAGAAAAUCAAGUGGAAAAAGAGAUUCUUUUUUGGCACAAACAAAGGAUGCAAAAGAAAAUAAGAAACCACCAGUCAAAUUGAAAUUAGAAUCGUCUUCUACAAAAACAAAGAGUGAAAUGCCUUUGGAAGAGGAAAAGUCUAUUGACUUUGUGUUUAUACCUCCAGAAGGAAAAGAAGCAAAGGAAAGAAUACUAACUGAACAUCAGAAAGAAGUAUUCAAAACAAAGAGAUACGAUAUUCCUGUCAUGUAUAAUAAUCUGGAUGUUUCACAAGACACUUUGUUUUCUCAGUAUACCCAGGAAGAGUCCAUGGAAAUUCCUGCUGUAACUGAAAAAUCAAAGGAAGAUUCCAAGGUGAUACCUAAGGAGGAACAAAUGGAAAGUGACAUUGUUAUUUCUCAAGAUGUCACGGAAAACUGUGGUAUGGAUGAGCAUCUUGAAAAGGCUUCUCUUUCAAAUAAUGACUGUGGCUGUAAUGAGGAAACGAGUCCAGAAGUACCGAGCAGUAAUAAUGAUGCCAGAAAGAAAGCUUUAAUUUCAUCAAAGAAUACAACCGAAUGUGCAUCUAAUGCAGAAAAUACUUCUGGUCUCAACAGUAGCUCAGUUUCUAACACCAUUAUUUCUGGAACUCCCCCACAGCCUACAAGUCGGAGGCAAACGUUUAUUACUUUGGAGAAGUUUGAUGGUUCUGAAAAUAGACCUUUUAGUCCGUCCCCCUUAAAUAAUAUGUCAUCAACUGUAACAGUGAAAAAUAACCAGGAAGUCAUGGGUAAAACAGAUACUCCACCAAAAGCAAAGAAAAGAGAAAUGGUUUUGGCAAAAUGUGAUUCUGAAAAAAUAGCACAUGGAAUUAAGAGAUCAAGCCGAAGGUCAAGUAAAGCUGAACAAAUAGGGAACAAAAGGUCUAAGCUCUUAAUGAGAUCCGAUCAAGAGAAAAAUACUCAGGAAUCUAUUGAUGGCACAGUAGUUUUAGAAAAUAACCCACCUGGUUUGCUUAAUCAAACAGAAUGUGUGUUAGAUAAUCAGGUUCAUCUCUCUGAAUCUAUGAUGGAAUAUGAGGAUACAAUGCUUAAACCAACAAUAGAAAAUGUAGUAUUAUUAGAAAACAAUACUGUAGAAGAGAAAACAUUAGGAAUCAAUUUGGAAUCCAAAGAAAAUACACCCCCUGCUACAAUACCAGCAGAUCAAAUGAUAGAUGAGGAUAGUCCUGUUCAGAUAACUCCAAAUCAGAAAACGCUUAGACGGUCAUCAAGGCGACGUUCAGAAGUAGCAGAGCCUACCACUGACAGCCAAGAGAAAGAAAAUAAUCAUCAAAAAAAAGAAAGACGUAAGGAAGAAGAAAAGACCCUUCAGAAAAGUCUGUUGCAUGUAAAAGAUGAUGUGUUACCUAAGCAAAAACUGAUUUCUGAACAAACUGUACAGGAAAAUUUAAUUGAGAAAGGAAAUAAUGUACACGAGAAGACUUUUGGGGAAACCAGCACUACUGCUGAAAUUGAUGAAAGUAAAAGAAAGCUAGACCUUGAGAAUAUUAAAUCUGAGGGAGAUGGUGCCCAGGACUUUGCAGAUAAGUCCUCUGAAAAACCAGUAAGUGGUCGAACACGGUAUCAAACAAGAAGAGCAUCCCAAGGUUUACUUUCCAGCAUUGAAAACUCAGAAUCUGAUAGUUCUGAGGCAAAAGAAGAAGGUUCUAAAAAGAAGAGAUAUGGAAAAUGGAAAAACAAAAGCAGUGAUAGUGUUGACAUUGAAGAUCAGGAGGAGAAAGUAAUAAAACAGGAAUGUGUAAAUGUUGAAAACCAGACACUUGAUUGCAAAGCAAAUUCUGAAGUAGAGAGAGACCUAAAAUCUCAGAUUUGUGAACAAAAAGAUGAGAGUAAUAAUGUAACUCUUGAAGAUUCUACAGUAUCUUCAGAUUUAUUGCAGGUUUCUGAUGACAUGUCAACUACUUACGAGGGAAAAAGUAAAACCAGCAAAUGUACAGAAUACUCCUUUUCAAACCCUUCUGUGCCAGAAUCAAAUCUAAGGACUAGAAAUGCCAGCAAGAGAUUACAAAAACGAGAUUCUAUAGAAAAUAACACUGUGGGAGAAUCCUCAAAAAUAGGGACAUCAGACAUUUUGCUUUCUGAAAAAACUUUUCAAACACUUGAAUGCCAGCAUAAGAGAAGUAGGAGGGUAAGGAGAUCUAAAGGUUGUGAUUGCUGUGGAGAAAAAUCACAGCCUCAGGAAAAGUCAUUCAUUGGGUUAAAGAAUACAGAAAACUAUGAUAUAAAAGUCAAUGAAACAAAAAAGACAGAUAUGCAAACACCUGUAAAUGUAUCAGAGACUUCUAAAGCUAAUCUGUGCUCUGAGUUAAAACUUUCAGAUGAACAUAAUGGUGUGAAUUUUCAUUUGGGACUCAAGGAGGAGAGUGAUGCUGUUAAUGAUUCAUUAAUUAUAUCUGAAAGUGAGUUGAAAGAAAUUACUAUUCAAAACCCUCUUCCUUCUGAAGUAGUAAAUUUUGAAGAAGAAACUUGUGAUAUGGGUUCUGAAGAAACAACACCUCUUGAAAGCCAAGAACCAUCCAAUAAAAAAUCUAAAACUGUUAGACCAUGUUUAGGUGAUUCCAAAGAUAAUUCACUGGAAUAUUCUACUUUGGAGACCAAAGAAGAAAAGUCAGAGGCUGUCUUGGAAAAGGAAUUAAGUAUAGAGAACAUUGUCAAUGUUGAAACAGAUGGAUGUAAAGCUAAAGCAAAAUUCAAUCCAGAAGUAGAAGCUGUUGAAUUGGAUGUAGAAAGUGAUAAAUCUGAAGCUAGCUUUUCUGAACAAAAGAGUACUGAAACUGGUGUUAGUGAAGAAGAGGUAAUGGAGAUAAAUAGUGAAAGAAGUGAUGAAUCUGAAGCAGAGGCAGCUGAAAAACUGAAGGCUGAAGAAGCAGUAACUGAAGAAUUUAAUUCUGGUCUUGGUCAUUCUGAUAAUACCACAGAAAUGAGUGCUCAGGUAGAGAUACCUGAACAAACAGCAGUUGGGGAAUUAGAUGAAAGAAGUGACAAAUCUAGUCCAGGCUCAUCUGAAGAAAUGAAUGCUGAAAUGGAAAACUGUGAGGAGACAGUGAUGGGUGAGGUGAGUGCUGAAGCUGACCAAGUCAGUGAAACAGAGGACGGGGACUCGACUACCAAAAUCUCUACUAAGCCAGUACAAGCCGAUACAAAGACUUCAACUAUGGAAAUCGGCAGUUUUGUUCUCAACAGACUUGGGAUGAGCACUGAAGAAGGAAAAGUUGACUCUAAUGAAACUGAAACAAAUACUGAACUUAAUAAGUCUGAAGAAACAACAUCAGAUGACAAUCAAAUGGUGGGGGGAAAUGAGAUUUUACAGGAAGUUCACCAUACUUCGGAGAAAGUGGAGGAAACAUCAGAGUCUCUGACAUCUGAAACAGCCAUCUCUGAACUAAUAACAGAAGACAAUAAUGCAUCUCCUCAAAAAUUAAGGGAACUUGAUCCUUUACUUGUAUCAGCAAAUGGCAGUCCUAGUGGCAUGCAGACACGCUGUGUAUGGUCUCCUUUGGCUUCUCCAUCGACCAGCAUUUUAAAGAGAGGACUAAAAAGGCCUCAGGAAGAUGAGAUAUCGUCACCUGUUCACAAGGUUCGCCGUGUCUCCUUUGCAGAUCCAAUAUACCAAGCAGGAUUGGCAGAUGACAUUGAUAGGCGAUGCUCUAUUGUUAGGUCCCAUUCUUCAAAUAAUUCUCCCAUAGUAAAAAGUGUUAAAACUUCACCUACUGCACAAUCUAAGAUUACAGAAAUGGCUAAAGAAUCUAUGCCAUGUCCAACAGAAAGUGUUUACCCAGCUUUGGUGAACUGUGUGGCUCCAGUUGAUAUCAUUUUACCUCAGAUUACAUCAAACAUGUGGGCAAGAGGACUGGGACAGCUCAUUAGAGCUAAGAAUAUAAAAACGAUUGGUGAUUUGAGUACUCUUACAGCAUCUGAAAUAAAAACUCUUCCUAUCCGUUCUCCAAAAGUGUCCAAUGUAAAAAAGGCUCUUAGAGUCUAUCAUGAGCAGCAGGUAAAGUCUCGUGGACUAGAGGAGAUUCCAGUUUUUGAUAUUUCUGAAAAAACAGUAAAUGGAAUACAAACUAAAUCUCUCCCUUCUGAUGAAGAAAGACUUGCCUCAGAUUUAAUUGAUCCUGUUGCUUUGGAAACUCCGUUACCUAAAAAUCUUGUGGCACAAAUUAGUGCACUUGCCCUUCAACUAGAUUCUGAAGAUCUCCAUAAUUAUUCAGGAAGCCAGCUGUUUGAAAUGCAUGAGAAACUUGGUAGCAUGGCGAACUCUAUAAUAAAAAAUUUGCAGUCACGUUGGAGGUCACCAACCCAUGAAAAUUCUGUUUAGUAUUUUAAGAGAAAAGUGAAGGUUUGUUUUUUUUUGUCCAACAUCACUGGAUUUGUGAUCAUAAAAUAAGUUCUGAAAUAUAGCACAAUUUCAGACUGAAUGUUCGCAAAGUUGAUAACAUUUCAAACCCUGAAGGGCUGUGACUUAUGUAAGUUCAAUUUUGUAAGUUUAUUAUGUAAUAUUUUUGUUCAUACAAUAUUUUCUUGGCCGCUAUGCAUAGUUUUUCAAAAAUUUAAAUAUCUUACUGAAAUGUGGAAGUGAAAACUAGAAACAAAAGCAUUUUAUUCACACAUCUUAAACUCCUACAUAUUCUGAUGAAACAUUUAUGAAAAAUGAAAAAUACCUUAUUUUAAGUAAGUAAAAUUGAACAUUUCUAUUUGGAAUUUUUUGCUGAACUGAUAAAGGUGUUUAUACUUUUUUUUUUUUUAAUUUAUAUUUGUUGUGCCUGAGGUUUAAGAAAUUUGUUCACCUAAAAUGACAUGCAAAAGAAUUGGAUCAUUUUUUCUGCAGAUGUCAACUUUGGACAGCUUUCAAGAAAA